CAUUGCUUGGAAGUUGCUUUCCGCGUGCUAACUACUUCUAUCGCAGCCUUCCUGCCUACCAAAAACGACUCCAAGCGCUUUCGCUUUGCCUUUUUGCCACCACCAUGGCGUCGUCGUUGUCGUCUUCCUCGUCGAGCGGUGGCACAAAACCAGCAUCAUCAACAGCACCGACAGCACCAGACACCACCACCACCAACAACAAAACCAACAACCCUCGGCCGCUGCUCCGGGACGCCUUUCUCGCGCUGGAGGCAUCGAGCUCUCGCAGCGGGGUCUUUCUCCUGGACGGGGGCACCGGCGAGGAGCUCUUCCGCAGGGGGGUUCCCGACGAUCGCAGGCUGUGGAGYGCCACGGCCCUGCUGCCGGCGCACGAGGCCUACCAGAGCGUCCUCGGGGACGUCCACGCCUCCUUUCUCGAAWGCGGCUCGAACGCCRUCACCACCAACAGCUACGGGGUGGUGCCCGGGGUGGGCCUCGGGGCGGGAGAAAUCGAGGACCUCGCCGACCGGAGCGGAUCCAUUGCCCGGCGUGCCGUGCARGAGCAUURCCGCGAUCACGGGCACGGCGAUCCMCCCCUCCCGGACGCCCGCUUCGUCCUGGGAUCCCUCGGGCCGCUGGUGGAGUCCUACCGGCCGGACCUCCUCCUCCCCCGCCGCGAGGGGGUGGGGCACUACGAGCGGGCCUGCCUGGCGCUGGCCCCCCACGCCGACGCCUUUCUCGCCGAGACAAUGUCCUGCGUGGAAGAGUCCCUCCAGGUCCUGGGGGGGCUGGCGGAAGCGGCCGCGAAGCGGCCCCCCCCYGGGGGCCACGGCUGGCCGCUGCUGGUGUCGUACUCGCUCGGGUCCGGGGGGGACUUCCGGGACGGCGAGGACCUUUCGAGAGGCCUGCGGCGGAUUCUGGAACGCGCGGGGGAGCAACGGCCCGGCGUCGAGUGUAAGACGGUGUCUUGUGUUGUGAYUGUGGCUGUGAUUGUGAUWGUGUUGUAGUGUAUGUCAAYAGAGGGAGCUGUUUUGGAUGAACUAACACGGCGGAUUCCUUCGCUCUGUUCCCGAUGAUUGCCCAGUGCUUGCCAUUCUCUUCAACUGCUGCGGACCGGAAGCGAUCACCAGGGCCCUCGAGAGGAUCCAUGCCGACGCGGACCUGAUCGACGCUCUGSGGCGCGACGGCAUACUGCUGGGCGCCUACGCCCACACGCUGACGGACAUUGAUCCGAACUGGACGCUGGCCGGAUCGGAGGGGCCCCAGCCCGCCCGAACCGAUCUUGGUGAGAAACGAUACUGGGAGGAUUUUGUCAGGGUGUGGAUCGACGACUUUGGCAUUCGGAUCSUGGGGGGAUGCUGCGGAAUCACCCCGGAACACAUAUCGUAUAUAUCGGAGGAGCUCAGGAAGAGGAACCAAAAGCUAUAGGUUUAUUCYCGARUAUGUCUUGCCAGAUAGAUCAACCGAUUGAAUCCGGUGGCGAAAAAUUGGGAUUUCUCUUUUUUUCGGAUCGAAAAUACUAGCACAAUUGUUGACGGAACGCGGCGCUUUUCUGGGAUAGRAAGCAGGRUAUAUUGUGCGACGUGUGCCUCUCGCUUUUCUGUCGCAUAGUUUUCUAGA